UCCCCUUUCUUUUACCUGUUACCUCUCCCCAUCUCUCUGCCAAUCUAUUUUUUACCAAUCCAUUCUCCGGAUCAGGGUUGGACAUCUUCUCAUGCACAGUCCCUUGCUCUAUGGUUUGGGUUGGGUCCCAGUCCAAAACAGGGAGAAGCAAGAACUAAAGCAAGACUAAACUACUGGAAAUGUGGAGGUUUUAAUUUUCAGGACUGUCUUCAAGGAAUUUGGAUACAAGAGGAGAUAAUUAGAUUGUUUUUUAACUUUCUAUGCUAUUUGGAUUACCUAUGAUAUUUUUUCCCAAUAAAAGGACAAAGAUAACUUUUCCUGCUGUAUACUUCUGUAUACUUAAUCCACCUGGGAUUUGGAUGGUGCAAUUCAAUGACAGGCUCCGCUCCAGUGAUGGCUUGGGGUUGUCCCUUCACCGGUCCAGCUUUGGACUAGAGGCCUGCUGAGUGCCAAGGGAGACAGUCCCAUCCACAAAGACACACUCACUGUCACACUAAUCACCAUAUACUCUCCACUCCUCUUCUGUGUCUAAAGCAUCAGAAUAGCUGUGCUAGGAAAUGGCAAGUCACAGAGACCCUCGCUUUCUGCAUAACCUGUCCUACCACCCACGAUGGCAGCACGACUCAAUAAAAGUGAAGAGGAAAGGACAUAUGCAGACAGUGGCUAAAAACAAUUGCAGUGGAUAUAGUCUCUUUAAAUCAUUAGCAGCUUCAUCAUCAUUGUCAUCAGGAUCAUUGUCAUCAAAACCACAGUUUCCCUCAUCUCCUGUGCAAUGCUACAGGAGCUGGUGGGGGAACUGGUUUCUUCUGCCCUUACUCAUGGUCUCAUUUAUGCCCUGCCAAUCCUGGGCAACCACUUUCAAGGUAGCCCUGGUUGGACCCUGGACGUGCGACCUGUUAUACUCCAAAGCCCUCCCUGACUUGGCAGCCCGCCUCGCCACCACUCGCAUAAACAAGGACCCCUACCUCAACAAAGGCUACUGGUAUGACUACACACUGAUUAAUGAGGACUGCAAGUCCUCCCGUGCCCUUGCUCGCUUUGCUGAGCUGAAAAGUUAUGGCGCUGCUUUCCUGGGCCCCGCCAACCCAGGCUACUGCUCCUCAGCUGCUUUGUAUGCAAAAGAGUGGGAUGUUGGGAUUCUUUCCUGGGGUUGCCUCAAACCCAACAUGAAAAGAGGAGAGAUGUAUCCCACCUUCCUGCGUCCGUUGCCACUAUCCUCCCGUGUACUCUUCACUGUGUUGCGGUACUUUCGUUGGGCCCAUGUGGCCAUAAUCUCAGAGGAGACAGACAUCUGGGAAGCCACAGGACAGGAGCUGGCCUCAUCACUGAGGGCCCUUGGCCUGCCUGUCAACCCUGUGGUCACUAUUGGGGACGACAAGGACGGGCCUCGAAGAGCCCUGACAAAAGUGCGAGAUGCAGACCGGGUCAGAGUGGUCAUUCUGUGCAUGCCUUCUGUCCUGAUUGGUGGCCAAUCCCAAUACCAACUUCUGACAACAGCCUUGGCCAUGCGUAUGAUCGACCGUGGCUACGUGUUCAUCCCCUACGACACCCUCCUCUACGCACUACCCUACAAGGAUGCUCACUAUUAUUUGCUAGGCAAUGACACCAAGCUGCGGAAAGCCUAUGAUGGGGUCCUCACCAUCACUGUGGACUCUGGAGAACGCAAUUUCUAUGAGGCCUUCAAAGAUGCUCAGGACAGCUAUGAAAUCCGCAGCAGCACCCCACCAGAGCAGGUUUCUCCUUUCUUUGGCACCAUCUACAACAUGAUGUACUACAUAGCUAUGGCUGCUGAGCAGGCCCGCGACAAUGGAGGCCGCUGGGUUACUGGUCAGAUCCUGGGUGACAGCAAGGGUGGCUUUGAAUUUCAAGGCUUCAAUCAGCCCUUGAGGGCCGGCAGGAACGGCGAAGGCAUGCAGGCACGCUAUGUAGUGCUUGACUACAGUGGCAUGGGCACCUCUCUCUACUCCACUCAUGCUCUGGAGGCUGCUCAUACAGAUGGCAGGACCGGGGGCUUGAAAUACCUCAGUCGUUCAAUCCAUUUUGCAGGCAGCACGCCCUACAAAGACUCAGGUUGCUGGUUUAGUCCAUACUUUGCCUGUACUGGAGGCAUAGAUCCAGUCACUCUCCUCUUUCUGUUCGUUGUGCUCAUUUUAUUGGCUGGAUCUGGAGCUAAAUUCUUUGUUUAUUUCAAGAGAAGCGGCAGGGUUGGGCUCAGCUUUGGAGGUGGUGGUAACGGUGGAUCAAAGAAGGUAGUCCUGACCCUGGAUGACCUGGUCUUCAUCAACACUCAAGUUAGCAAACGGAGGAUCAAUGACGAAAGUAUCUUGAAAAGCCAGCUGGAUAUAAAGACUCCUCACCACUCGGUGUCCGGUCGCAGCUACUUGGCCUCCACACCAGAGAGCUCGAAUAUCGCUGUGUUUGAGGGUGACUGGGUUUGGUUGAAGAAAUGCCCCAGUGGAGUAGUAUCGGGUGUCAACAGCGAUACUGAGUUUGUCUUUGUCAAGCUCAGAGACAUGAGGCACGAGAACCUCAAUCUGUUCCUGGGACUGUUCUUCGACUUUGGGAUCUUUGGUGUUGUGACCGAGCACUGCUCCAGGGGCAGCUUGGAGGAUCUGCUCAGCAACGAGGAUGUACGUCUUGACUGGAUGUUCAAGUCCUCCCUGUUAAUGGAUCUGAUUCGGGGAAUGAAGUACCUGCACAAUCGUGACAUCAUCCACGGACGGCUCAAAUCCCGUAACUGUGUGGUAGACGGGCGCUUUGUAUUGAAAGUGACAGAUUAUGGGUUCAAUGAACUUUUGAUUUCCCAAAGCAUUGACAUUGACAAGGAAAAGCCAGAGGAUCUGCUUUGGACGUCUCCUGAGCUGCUGCGAAGUUCCAGUCUGAGGAGGAAGGGCACUUUCUUGGGAGAUGUCUACAGCUUCGCCAUCAUCACGCAGGAGGUCAUCUCUCGCUCUGCACCUUUCUGCAUGCUGGACAUGCCUCCCAAGGAGAUUAUCAGCAAGGUCAAAGAGCCUCCUCCGUUGUGUCGGCCUGUUGUGUCAGUGGACGAGGCCCCGCUGGAUGUGAUACAGAUUAUGAAACAGGCCUGGAGUGAAGAGCCGGAGAAGAGGCCGACAUUUGAGGAGAUCUUCAAACAGUUCAAGAGCAUCACCAAGGGAAAGAAGACCAACAUCAUCGACUCUAUGCUGCGCAUGUUGGAACAGUACUCGUCCAACUUGGAGGAUCUUAUUAGAGAGAGGACAGAGGAGCUGGAGGUGGAGAGACAGAAGACUGACAAACUGGUGGCUCAGAUGUUGCCCAAGUCUGUGGCCCAGGCGCUGAAGACAGGCAAGCCCGUCAAACCUGAGCAUUUCAGCGAGGUCACGCUGUACUUCAGUGACAUUGUGGGCUUCACCACCAUCUCAGCUCUCAGCGAGCCCAUUGAGGUGGUUGACUUACUCAAUGACCUCUACACACUCUUUGAUGCUAUCAUUGGACUGCAUGAUGUGUACAAGGUGGAAACUAUCGGAGAUGCCUACAUGGUAGCCUCAGGAGUCCCCACUAGGAACGGCAACCGGCAUGCAGCUGAGAUGGCCAACAUGUCUCUUGACAUCCUCCACUGCAUUGGGACCUUCAAGAUGAGGCACAUGCCUGAAUUAAAAGUCAGGAUCCGUAUUGGCCUGCACUCUGGCCCAGUGGUAGCAGGAGUAGUGGGUCUUACGAUGCCUCGAUACUGUCUGUUUGGAGACACUGUCAACACAGCAUCUCGAAUGGAGUCCACAGGGUUGCCUUACAGAAUCCAUGUCAACCAAAGCACAGUUGAUGUACUGAACAGCUUGAAGCUGGGAUACAAAAUUGAUGUCAGAGGCAUGACAGAGUUAAAGGGAAAAGGGAUUGAGAACACAUUUUGGUUGGUAGGCAGGGAAGAUUUCAACAAGCCUCUGCCUAUUCCUCCAGACACUCAAGGGGGAAGCAAUCAUGGUAUCAGUUUAGAGGAGAUACCUGUUGACAGAAGACAAAAGUUCCUGGAUCGACAGAAGAAGAUGGGCUAGCCCGAUGCUUUUUACUGAUGUCCCAGAAUGAAAAGUGAUAUUUUUCAGUGAAAGAAUACACAGAGUUUACUAUAAUUUGUGAUAUGCUCAAAAUGAAAUCCAGCAGCAGUGACAUGGGAUUCACACUUUUUGGAUUAGUCAUAAAUCAUUUCUAUGCUAAAUUAACCUUUCUUGAAGAGUAUUACAGUAAGCACAGGCUCCAAGAUUCAAAAAUGUGCACAAAAGAGGCAACUGUCCAUAUUAUAUUUGUUCAACAGUUGGUUUUAUAUAUAUGCAUACCAAAGUUGACUUACAGGUCUAAAAUGUGUUGGUUUAUAGGACAGCAAUCUCCUAACAAGAAGGGAUUGUGAUGGCUGCAUCUACAAAAAUGAUGCAGUAACAUGUGUAAUACUGGUGUACUUCAUGUACUGUAUGUAUUUGUACGGAUCUUUGUGCUUUGUAGAGAUAUCGGAGAGAUUUUAUAAUGAACACCCCAAGGGUGGAAGCUAUUACUGCUCGACCAUUCAUCUCAGGUAUAAUAGAGUCUGUGCUGCACUCACUUUAGAAGCAUUAGCCUUUUACAACAACACAGAAUUAUUACAUUAAAACAUUUUCACAGUGAUUUAAGCUGGAAAGCACUGGACAGGUCAGUCAGGGUUGAGAGCUUGGGUCGGGGAUAGCUCUGAUUUUGCUUUUGUAGCAGCAUUGCUGGGAUUAUUCACACAUUUGAUGAAUGAAGCCAUAUUAUCCAUAAAUGUUCAAAAUAUGUCAAACAAAGAAUCUGGUUUGUUUAUUUAAUUUUAGAUGUAAUCAUUUAUAUAGAUUAAAAAAAACCGUGCGAUAUGCCUAUUUGGGUUGAUUUGACUGAUAGGUUUGUUACAUUGUAACAUUGUAUCAGUUUGAAUAAGUUUAUUUAAAGACUAAAAUGUGCUCUAAAAUUGAGUUUAGAUGACUCAUUCCAAUGGUAAUUAUAAAAAUACUGUCUGAAAACGAUGUUGGGGCCAAAACCCCUACAAAGCUGCAAAGCUGAUUUUGUCAUUUAACAGACUGACUAAUGAUGUGCAUCUACAGUAUGAUUCUCUCCCUAAUGAUGUUAUGAUAAUACAUACAGUAUUUAUUGUUUUUAACAAUGUGUGCAUUGCUUUUACCAUGCUGACAUUUUCUACCACAAUAUAUAAGACAUACGCAACAAACAAGACCCAAACUAUUGCUCGCUAACAACAAUGUAGUUUCACUAUAGCUUCACCUACAGUAAGUGUAGCCUAUUACUGAAACAUGCUGCAUGCAUGGCUGGAUGUACUGUACAGCAUGCUGUGUUCAAUGGGGUCUAAAUAGGACAGUAAUAGGAAGACCUGAUUUCUGUGACAUCCAGUAAAUCUGCUCUGCACUGAUAUGCAGAAUGUCUGAGUCAAUUAACUGAAAUGAUCAUCUCCAAUAAUGUGCUUCAGCAGAUUGAGCCUUUUCUUCUGAGUUAUUUCUCUUUGGCCUGGGGAUGUGUAUAUACUGUAAAUUUGUACAUAGUUUGUCUUUGUGUCAUGCAGGGUUAGGGACUUUUUAGUGGAGUGUCUUUCUGCUUGGGUUUCCUAAACCCCUGGCACAAAAGGGAGUACCAACAAAACACAACGGUUUAAUCACAGUGCAUUCAAAAGCAAGCAACCACACUGUUCACUCACUCUCUGUUGGCUUGCUAAUUGUCUGCCACAGCACUGAUAGUGAAGCAACAAUAGGCAGUCGAUGUCAGGAUGUGAUUUUCCUGCAAUGAGUUUCAGUCUGUGGACAUUUUUUCAUUGGGAGCUCACUGCUGACCAUUUCUAACAUACACACGACUUGUCACAGUAGCUCAGCGUAUAAUAAAAAAAAAAUGGAUGUCUGAUGACUUGAUUAUCAGGUUGCUUUUGGUGUAGUCUUUCAAACCAUUAAAUGUUUAGCACCAGCACUGGCUCUUCAAGCAUGAUAAAACCCCUGACGAAGAUGAAAUGCAGGAUUCUGAAUCCAGAUUACGACCAUGAGGGGAAGCUGUCUGCAUGUUUCUAAAGAAACAAUUGAGUUAUUCUAUUGCAUAGGUAGGACCUACUUUUCUAGAUUUUUAAUAAAUUUGCCAAAUAGUUUAAAUCUGAGUCAAAACUGAAUGGACUGUAUUGUUCAUUUUGAAAGUGAUCUCAAUGUGUUUCUGUAAAUAAAUCAUGGUUUUAGUGAA